AUGGCAUGUAAAGGAGAGUGUAAGGGAAUACGUCUAUUCUACUCGCUGCUUGGUAUCCACGAAUGUCCCGCUUAUACCGGUCCCAACUGCACCGACGUGCCUACCUUGCCUCCCAAGUCGUACGCCAUCGGACGGUACGUAUUUAUCGACAGUAAUCGCGACGGUGUGCAACAGACUACCGAGACGGGUGCCGCUUCCGUCCCCGUCGUCCUAUACAACCAGAAUGACAUGACCAAAGUCGUCGCGUCCACCUCGACCGACGCCAACGGUGCCUACCAAUUUGACCAACUUCCUCCUGGGGCAUACUGCGUGCAUUUCGGCCCGCUGUCCGCUGGCUACAAGUUCUCUCCCCUUGGUGUUGACGCUGCAGGCAACCAGUGCUUUAAUCUUACUGCUACUGCCGUUCCUUCCGUGCCAAGCGACCAUGUCAAGGCGAGUGACGUCAACAACAACAUCAACCAGGGUAUCUACCCACCUCCCUACGCUAUUGGUGAAACUGUAUUUUACGAUGCCAACCACAACGGUGUCAAAGACACCAAUGAAAUGCCCGCUGCCGGCGUCAAGGUCAGUCUCCUCGACAAGGACGGCGUGCUCGUCAACACUACCACCACCGAUGCAUCUGGACAAUACUCGUUUAUCGGGUUGGAUAAAGGUGAUUAUCGCGUUCAAUUUACUCCACCUCAAGGAUUCACAUUCUCACCACAAGGUGGACAGUCGCGUCCUGAUUCGUCGGGUGUUGCCGUUGUUCCAUUGAAUCCAACGACCACUCACUAUGACGCGGGUCGUGAUGCAUUUAUUGAUGACACGGUCGACGCCGGUCUCGUACCACCAGGUUAUGCAGUGGGAGACAGUGUCUGGUUGGACAGCAAUCGUGACGGUAUCAAAGACCCAAGCGAGACUCCUAUUGCCGAUGUUGGUGUUCAUCUCACUAGUGCAGACGGUGCAGUUGAUCUUAUGGCCAAGACAAGCGACGCUGGUAUCUACCACUUUGACAAUCUCAAGCCUGGAGACUACUGCGUUCAGUUCCAACUCGUCGGUGAUGUUUCGCCAACUGGCCACGACAGCGUUAUCGAUGAAACCGGUAAAUAUUGUUUCAAGUUAGACAACUCGACAGCACGUCCCUCAACACCAGCCGACAAUGUAGCUAGUUUCUGGAUUCGGGACAAUGUUGAUGCUGGAUUCAUGCCCACUCAAUAUGCAGUUGGUGAUACUGUCUGGUUAGACUCUAACCGUGAUGGUGUCUAUGACCUAGUUGGAGAGAAGGGAUUGGCUGGUAUUCCAGUAACACUCACUUUAUCAGAUGGAAAGACAAUGAAUACAGUCACUGAUGCUUCUGGACACUACGUGUUUAACAGUUUGCCCGCUGGCAACUACUGUGUGGACGUUACUCUUCCAACUGGUCAUUUGGCAUCUCCUGCUGGCCACGACUCGAUGAUUGAUAGUGCAGGACACUACUGCUUCACUCUUGACAAGGAUAGCACCGUUACCACACCACUUCCAUUCAGCCCAUCCGCACAAGCCACUCGUAACAACCCCAAUGUCGAUGCUGGUAUCUCUCCACCACUCUUUUCAGUUGGUGAGAAGGUCUGGCGCGACACCAACCGUGACGGUGUCAAAGAUCCCAACGAACCACCUCUUCCAGGUGUCACUGUCACCUUGACGGGCGAUGGCGGUAUAGUCUUCACCUUCACCACCGAUGAAAAAGGAACUUAUUCGUUUGACAAGCUCGAGCCUGGACACUACUGCAUCAAGUUUGUCUCACCCGACUCGUCACUCUCCCCAUCUCCCUCUGGCAAAGAUUCUGUGAUCGAUAAGAAUGGAGAGUACUGCUUUGACUUGAAUACAAACACUACUACACCAGUAGUUGGAAACCCCAACGCACAAUACACCAACGACAAGGUCAACGCUGGAUUCGUCCCACCCACCUUUGCCAUUGGACAGUUUGUAUGGGAAGAUGUUGAUCGUGACGGAGUACGUGAUGCCAACGAACACUUGGUUGCCAAUAUCCCCGUUACUCUCACCAACGCCGACGGCUCCAAGGAGAUUGCUUCAACGGUUACCGACGCCAGUGGAGAUUACUCAAUCAUUGGUUUGGAAGCAGGUGACUAUUGUAUCAAGUUUACUACCCCAUCCGACUAUGCAUCCUCACCUCUUGGUGGCGACUCUGUCAUUGAUAAGGAUGGUCAUUACUGUUUCUCACUCAAUACAUCCAACACUACUCCUUCUCAAGAUGACAAGUCUGUUUAUGUAAACAACAAUGUCAACGCUGGUAUCAUGCCACCACAAUACUCGGUUGGUAGAUACGUAUGGAUUGACAGUAAUCGUGAUGGUGUACAUGACACUCUAGAAUCACCUGCACCCGGUAUCCCAGUCCAACUCGUCAAACCAGAUGGUACUGUACUUGCCAGCAACAUCACUGACGACAAUGGUCUCUAUGUCUUUGAUCAACUUCCAGCCGGUGAAUACUGUGUACAUUUCAAGAUUCCAUCAGAUAAUACUGCAUCACCUCUUGGUCAAGACUCCAAGAUUGAUAGUACGCCAGAAGACUUUACCGUCUCUCCAACCGGACAUGACUCAGUCCCCGAUAAAGAAGGAAACAUUUGCUUCACUUUGGAUCAAACCACUGCCAAAUUGGCAAUGGACAACCAAUCGAAUCCAUUCUAUGAAUUAAAUACAAUGAAUGCUGGUUUCAUGCCACCACAAUUUGCAAUUGGUAAUAAUGUAUGGAAUGAUGUCAACCGUGAUGGUAUCUAUGAUGCAACUGAAGAACCAAUGACCAAUAUCCCAAUCACUUUGACCACUCCAAAUGGUACUGUGGUUGCAACAACCGCAACCAACAGUCAAGGUCAUUAUAAUAUUGAUGAAUUGGCACCAGGCAAUUACUGUAUUGCAUUUGCCAUUCCAUCAGACUUUACUGCAUCACCAUCAGGAAAGGAUUCAAUCAUUGACAAGGAUGGUAAACAUUGUUUCACUUUGGACAAGUCUACCACACGUCUAUCCACUCCCGAUGACUAUGUCGCUGCACGAUUCGUUGAUCUAGAUAUUGAUGCUGGUAUGAUGCCACCUCAAUUUGCAGUUGGUGACAUGGUAUGGGACGAUUUCAACCGUGAUGGUGUACAUGAUGCAUCUGAACAACCAAUCAAGGAUAUCACAGUUACACUCUACAAGGAAAAGGUUGGUGGUGAUAUUGCAGGAGCCACUUCAACCGAUCCAUCAGGUCGUUAUGUAUUUGAUGGUUUGAAUCCAGGUAAAUAUUGUCUCAGCUUUGCCAUUCCAUCAGAUGCCAAGGCAUCUCCAACUGGUCACGACUCUGUCAUUGAACAAGACGGAAACACAUGCUUUGAUUUGGACUCUACCACUACCACUCCAUCAACACCAGCUGAUAAUGUAUCAUCAUACUACAAAAACUUUGAUCAAGAUGCAGGUAUUAUGCCACCACAAUUUGCAGUGGGUGAUCUUGUAUGGUUGGAUCUCAACCAAGAUGGUAUUCACGGUGCACAAGAACUACCAAGCACCAAUACUACCAUUCAAUUAACUCAACCAGAUGGAACGGUCGUAUCAACUACAACCACCGAUAACACUGGUCAAUAUGUAUUUGAUCAUUUGGCACCAGGCAAUUAUUGUAUCCAACUUGUAUUCCCAUCAGACUAUCGUGUCUCUCCACUUGGACAUGAUUCAGUGAUGGAUAGUACCGGAAAGCACUGUUUCACUCUUGACAAGACUACCACCACUCCAACCACACCAGCCGACAAUGUAGAUGCAUUCUACAAGAAUUUCGAUCAAGAUGGAGGUUUGAUGCCACCCAGAAUCGCCAUCGGUGAUCAAGUCUGGCUGGACUCGAAUCGCGAUGGUAUAUUUGAUGCCAACGAGAAACCAAUCUUUAACAUGACUGUUGCACUCCUCAUUCCAGAGAGCAAUCUCACUGCUGUCACUUUUACCGACAAGGAUGGUCGUUAUGUAUUUGACAACUUGGUACCAGGCCAUUUCUGUGUCAUCUUUGGUCUCCCUGCCGAUACCAAGCCAUCUCCACUCGGUCACGACUCUGUCAUUGAUAGUAGCAACCAGUACUGUUUGAAUUUGGAUGAAUCCAACGCCGAACUUGCCACACCAGCCGACAAUAUCACUGCAUUCUACAAGAACUUCAAGGUAGAUGCCGGUGUUAUGCCACCACAAUUUGCAGUUGGUGACUUGGUAUGGUUGGAUCUCAACGAAGAUGGUGUACACGAUGCCACUGAACUCCCAAGUGUCAACACUACCAUCCAAUUGACUCAACCAGAUGGAACUGUCAUCAAGAGUACUACCACUGACAACACUGGUCACUAUGUAUUUGAUGAUUUGGAUUCUGGAGACUAUUGUAUUCAAGUAGUCUACCCAGCCGAUUACUCUGUCUCUCCUAUCGGACAUGACUCUGUUGUCGACGGAACUGGCAAACAUUGCUUCACUUUGGACAAGACUACCACCGUCCCAACCACCUCUGCCGACACUGGCGUCGAUGCAUUCUACAAGAAUUUCGAUCAAGAUGCCGGUCUUACACCCCCAAGAAUCGCCAUUGGUGAUCAAGUAUGGCUCGACUCUAAUCGCGAUGGUAUUCGUGACCCCGACGAAAAACCAAUAGCCAACAUGACCGUCGCACUCCUUGUCCCAGCCAGCAAUCUCACUGCUGUCACUUAUACCGAUAAGGACGGUCGCUAUGUAUUUGACAACUUGGUACCAGGCCAUUUCUGUAUUAUCUUUGGUCUUCCUGCCGACUCGCUUCCCUCUCCCACCGGCCAUGACUCUGUUAUCGACAGCACUGGUCAAUUCUGUUUGAAUUUGGAUGAAUCCAACUCGGUACCAGCCACACCAGCCGACAAAAUCCGUGCAUUCUAUCGUAACUUUGAUGUUGAUGCUGGUGUUAUGCCACCACAAUUUGCAGUCGGUGAUCAAGUUUGGAACGAUGUUGAUCGUGAUGGUGUCCGUGAUCGUGACGAGCUCCCAAUGGCUGGUAUUCCAGUUACAUUGACCGAUCCAAGUGGAGCAGAGAUCAAGACUGCCACAACUGAUGCCGAAGGACGUUAUUGGUUCGACACACUUGACGCAGGUGAAUACUGUGUCAAGGUUGGUAUUCCAACCGACUUUAGUGCAUCCCCAGCUGUACAAGACUCGACUAUUGACAAGGAUGGUAAACACUGCUUCACUCUUGACAAGUCGUCAUCCAUCCCAUCCGUACCAGCCGACAAUAUCACUGCAUUCUACAGAGACUUUGAUGUUGACGCUGGUUUGAUGCCACCACAAUUCGCAGUUGGACGAUUCGUUUGGGGUGAUACAAGCCGUGACGGUAUCUUUAACCCUGACCAAGGUGAAAUGCCACUCGAGGGUAUCACUGUCGAGUUGACUUUGCCAGAUGGAACAUCCAUCACAUCUGACACAACUGAUCAAAACGGACAGUACAUGUUUGAUCAUUUGAAUCCAGGCAACUAUUGUAUCAAGGUUGAUGUUCCAGCCGACUCGAUCGUGUCGCCACUCGGACACCUUUCAGUCAUUGACGAGAAAGGUAAACAUUGCUUCACUCUUGACAAGUCUACCGCCACUCCAUCAACUCCCGACGACAAUGUCCAAGCUUUCUACCGCAACUUUGACGAGAACGCAGGUAUCAUGCCACCAGUCUUUACAGUUGGUGACUUUGUAUGGUUGGAUAAGUCACGUGAUGGUAUUCAUGAUCCAAGUGAAGAAGGUGUCGGAGACGACAUUUCAGUCACAUUGACCAACCCCGAUAUUGGCUUGGAAAAGACAAUCGAGACUGACAAGAAUGGCAUGUACAACUUUGACAUGUUGGCUCCCGGACACUACUGUCUCCACUUUGCCAUUCCAUUGUACUUUACAGCAUCACCUAUGGGCAAGGAUUCUGUUAUUUCAGCCAGUGGAUCCAACUGCUUCACUCUUGACAAGAAUUCAUCUGUCUUGUCAACCGAUGCCAAUGGAAAGCCAUACUAUGCCAAAUUGGACCAAGACGCCGGUAUCAUGCCACCACUCUACGCACUCGGUCGUUACGUGUGGUUGGACAAUAGUCGCGAUGGAGUACACGACGACACAGAGUUGCCAUUGGCCAACAUCCCCGUCACCCUCGUUGACACACUCAACGCGACCAACACCCACUCUACCGUUACUGACGACAAGGGUUUCUAUAGAUUCGAUCUACUCUUAUCGUCAGACUACUGCAUCACAUUCAAUGUGUCGAGUUAUCUCGCCCUUGGAUACGAAAUAUCUCCACUCGGAGAAGACUCGGUCGUCGAUCCAGAUGAUCAAGUCACUUGCUUCACUCUAGACAGCUCUUCUACCACUCCAUCAGAGGUUGAAGACAAUGUACAGGCUGCUUACGUAUCCAACGACUUUAACCUUGGUAUCAUGCCACCUCAAUUUGCCAUUGGCAACUAUGUAUGGUACGACCAAAGCCGUGAAGGUAUUCAUGACUCUACCGAACUACCAGUCCCUGAAUUCCCAUUAAAAUUGGUAAAGAACGACGCCAACAAGACACUCGUUGGCGAAACUAUGACCGAUCCAACCGGUAAAUACGUAUUUGACGCGUUGGAUGCUGGCAACUACUGUCUCGAGUUUGCCGUGCCAAAGGGAUACUUGAUUUCUCCAGCUGGACACGACUCGAUCGACACUAGCAAGGAUCCAAUCAUUGGAUCGCACUGUUUCACCCUUGGUAUGUCUGAACCCGGUGUAUCAUCCUCAACACCCGCCGAUGACCUUGAAGCAUUCUACAAAGACUUUAACUACAACAUUGGUCUCAUGCCACCACAAUUUGCAUUUGGUCACUAUGUCUUUGAAGACAGUAACCGUGAUGGUCUACGUGACGGCGAGAAACCACUCAAGGGCGUACAAGUCACUGCCACUGGUCCAGGUGGAGUCAGUCUGUCUGCCUUUACAAACGAACAAGGUCACUACAGCUUUGACAAUCUCCUUCCAGGCAACUACUGCGUGCACUUUGGUAUCAUCACCUCGUACUCGGCAUCACCUGUUGCCAAGGGCUCGGUCAUUGAUGCCAACGGAGACUACUGCUUUAAAUUGGAUACAGACACCUCUGUCAAGGAGGAACUUGAUGACAGCCAAGGAAGUGAUGAAAACAUUCAAGCAUACUACCGUAAUCUCUCGGUCAAUGCUGGUAUGAUGCCACCACAAUUUGCAGCUGGUAAUUAUGUAUGGUCGGAUCUCAACCGUGACGGUAAACACGACUCUGUCGAGCCACCAAUUGCAGGUGUCCAAGUCACACUCCACAAGAGUUCAAUCGAUGGAGAUGUCGUUGGAUCAGUAGCCACUGAUAGCCAAGGAACCUAUGUAUUUGAUAAUUUGUACCCAGGCAAAUAUUGUCUACACUUUGAUGUGCCAGCCGAUUCCAGAGUAUCUCCAACUGGACAAGACUCAUCAAUUGAUGCCUCUGGUAACAGUUGCUUCACUCUUGACAAGGAUACUAGUACCCCACCACUCCCACUUGACUUGCUAAUUGCUAUCCCAUCGGUACCUGAAGACAAUGUCCAAGCUUACUACAAAAACUUUGGCCAAGAUGCAGGUAUUAUGCCACCACAAUUCGCCGUUGGUGAUAAUAUUUGGAAUGACGUCAACCGUGAUGGUAUACAUGAUGCAACUGAACAACCAAUUGCAAAUAUUACAGUUACAUUGACUCAACCAGAUGGUACUACCAUCCAAUCAACUACUACUGAUGACAAGGGUAAUUAUGUAUUUGAUAAAUUAAAUACUGGUAAUUAUUGUGUACAAGUCUCAAUCCCAUCAGACUUUACUGCUUCUCCAUCUGGAAAGGAUUCAUCAAUCGAUGAAACUGGUAAACACUGCUUCACUUUGGACAAGACAACAACCACUCCAUCCACUUCUGCUGAUGGUGUAGAUGCAUUCUACAAGAACUUUAAUGUAGAUGCUGGUUUAAUGCCACCACAAUUUGCAGUAGGUGACUUUGUUUGGAAUGAUUUCAACCGUGAUGGCGUACAUGAUGCAUCUGAACAACCACUUGCAAACAUUGAUGUUAGACUCACUCAAAUAUCAGAUGCAGGUCACAAGGUUACUUCGGUACAAACCGAUUCAACUGGUCAUUACCUCUUUGAUGAAUUGGAACCUGGAUACUAUUGCGUACACUUUACCAUUCCAGAUGAUUCCAAGGCAUCUCCAAUGGGCAAGGACUCUGUAAUCGAUGCCACUGGUGACCACUGUUUCACUUUGAACUCUACCACCACCAUUCCAUCAGUUUCAGCCGACAAUGUCAAAGCAUUCUACAAGAAUCUUGAUGAAGAUGCAGGUAUCAUGCCACCACAAUUCGCAGUUGGUGAUAAUGUAUGGAACGAUUUCAACCGUGAUGGUGUCAAGGAUCCAACUGAAGAACCAAUGAAGAACAUUUCAGUUACAUUGACUCAACCAGAUGGUACUCCAAUUACCUCAACCACUACUGAUGACAAGGGUCAUUAUGUAUUUGAUAACCUCAAUGAUGGUGAUUAUUGUGUACAAGUCUCAAUUCCAUCAGACUUUACUGCAUCUCCAACUGGAAAGGAUUCAUUGAUUGACUCUACAGGUAAACAUUGUUUCACUCUUGACAAGGAUACUACCACUCCAUCCACCUCUGCUGAUGGUGUCCAAGCAUUCUACAAGAAUCUCAACGAGGAUGCUGGAUUGAUGCCACCACAAUUCGCCGUUGGUGACAUGGUAUGGGAUGAUUUCAACCGUGAUGGUGCACAUGACGCAACUGAACAACCACUUGCCAAUAUCACUGUCAAAUUAUCUUUAGAUUCUCCAGAUGCUGGAUUCAUUUCAACUCAAACAGACUCUACUGGUCACUACAUCUUUGAUGGAUUGAAUCCAGGUAAAUAUUGUAUUCACUUUGAUAUUCCAGCCGACUCCAAGGCAUCACCAAUGGGUAAAGACUCUGUCAUUGAUGCCACUGGUGAUCAUUGUUUCACUUUGGACAAGACUACCUCAAUUGCAUCAGUUCCAGCUGAUAAUGUCAAAGCAUUCUACAAGAACCUCAAGGAAGAUGCUGGCAUUAUGCCACCACAAUUCGCUGUAGGUGACCAAGUUUGGAAUGAUUUCAACCGUGACGGUGUACAUGAUGCAUCUGAACAACCACUUGCAAACAUCACUGUCAAGCUCUCUAUCGAUUCUCCAGACUCUGGAUUUAUUUCAACCACCACCGACAAGGAUGGUCAUUACAUCUUUGACAACUUGAACCCAGGUCAAUACUGUCUCCACUUUGACAUUCCAGCCGAUGCAAAGGCGUCUCCAACUGGUAAAGAUUCAGUUAUCGAUGCCACUGGUGAUCAUUGUUUCACUCUCGACAAGACCACAACCACUCCAUCAGUUCCAUCUGACAAUGUCGAAUCAUUCUACAAGAAUCUUGACAAGGAUGCUGGUAUUUUGCCACCACAAUUUGCAGUUGGUCGUUCCAUCUGGUUAGAUUUGGAUAGAGAUGGUGUUCGUGAUGCCGAUGAGAUCCCAGCAUUAAACAUCAGUGUUGCUCUCCAAUCUCCAACUGGAGAAACCAUAUCCACCACCAUUGUAGAUGACAAGGGACAAUACUUGUUUGAUUCAUUGAAUCCAGGAAACUAUUGUGUACAAUUCACCAUUCCACCAAGUUAUGAUGCAUCACCUAUCGGUCACGACUCUGUCAUUGACAAGCAAGGUAAACACUGCUUCACUCUUGAUAAAUCAACUUCGGAACCAUCCACCACUGCCGAUGGUAUCCUUGCCUCCUACAAGAAAUAUGAUGAAAAUGCAGGUAUUACUCCACCACUCUUUGCCAUUGGUGAUCAAGUAUGGCUCGACUCUAACCGUGACGGUGUACAUGAUGCAUCUGAACAACCACUUGCUGGUAUUCCAGUCACCCUCCAUUGCAUUGCAACCGGAAAGGAUUUACAAGCCACCACAGAUUUCAAUGGUCUCUACUUGUUUGACGAGUUACCACCAUCCAACUAUUGUAUCCACUUUGAAAUUCCAAUUGAUCACAGCGCUUCUCCAACCGGUAAAGAUUCAGUUAUCGAUGCCACUGGUGACCACUGUUUCAUCGUUGAUGUAUCGACUAGUCAACUAUCCACCCCUGAUGACAAUGUCAAUGCAUUCUAUGAGAAGUUGGAAAUUGAUGCUGGUAUAAUGCCACCACAAUUUGCAGUUGGAAAUAAUGUAUGGAACGAUUUCAACCGUGAUGGUGUCAAGGAUGCCACUGAACAACCAAUUGCAAACGUAUCUGUCACUCUCACCAAGGAUGACGCCGAUCAUACUCUAGUAUCUAGUAUUUCAACGGAUGCAACAGGAACUUAUGUAUUUGAUCAAUUGAAUCCAGGUAAAUAUUGUGUCCACUUUGAUAUUCCAGCCGACUCCAAGGCAUCUCCAACUGGCAAAGACUCUGUAAUCGAUGCCACUGGUGACCACUGUUUCACUCUUGACAAGACUACCUCAAUUCCAUCAACACCAGCUGAUAAAGUCAAUGCUUAUUACAACAAAUUUGACGAAGAUGCAGGUAUCAUGCCACCACAAUUCGCAGUUGGUGAUAAUGUUUGGGAUGAUGUCAACCGUGAUGGUGUCAAUGAUCCAACUGAAGAACCAAUGAAGAACAUUACAGUUACAUUGACCAAACCAGAUGGUACUCCAAUUACCUCAACCACUACUGAUGACAAGGGUCAUUAUGUAUUUGAUAACCUCAAUGAUGGUGAUUAUUGUGUACAAGUCUCAAUUCCAUCAGACUUUACUGCAUCUCCAACUGGAAAGGAUUCAUUGAUUGACUCUACUGGUAAACAUUGUUUCACUUUGGACAAGACUACCACAACUCCAUCCACCUCUGCUGAUGGCGUCCAAGCAUUCUACAAGAACCUCAAUGAAGAUGCUGGUUUAAUGCCACCUCAAUUUGCAGUUGGUGACUUUGUUUGGGGUGAUUUCAACCGUGAUGGUGUACAUGAUGCAUCAGAACUCCCACUUGCAAACAUUGAUGUUAGACUCACUCAAAUAUCUGAUGCAGGUCACAAGGUUAGAUCGUUACAAACCGAUUCAACUGGUCAUUACCUCUUUGAUGAAUUGGAACCUGGAUACUAUUGUGUACACUUUACCAUUCCAGAUGAUUCCAAAGCAUCACCAAUGGGCAAGGACUCUGUUAUCGAUGAAGAUGGUGAUCACUGUUUCACUUUGAACUCUACCACCACCAUUCCAUCAGUUCCAGCUGACAAUGUCAAAGCAUUCUACAAGAAUCUUGAUGAAGACGCUGGUAUUAUGCCACCACAAUUCGCAGUUGGUAAUACUGUCUGGAAUGAUGUCAACCGUGAUGGUGUCAAGGAUCCAACUGAAGAACGUUUACCAAAUAUCCCAGUCACAUUGACCACUCCAGAAGGUACCCCAAUCAACACUACAACCACUGAUGAAAAGGGUAAUUAUGUGUUUGAUAAGUUACCACCCGGAAACUAUUGUAUUCAAAUUGGUAUUCCAUCAGACUUUACUGCAUCACCGUCUGGUAAAGAUUCAAUGAUUGAUGAAACUGGUAAACAUUGUUUCACUCUUGACAAGGAUACUACAACCACUCCAUCCACCUCUGCUGAUGGAGUUGAAGCAUUCUACAAGAACUUUAAUGAAAAUGCUGGAUUGAUGCCACCACAAUUCGCCGUUGGUGACAUGGUAUGGAAUGAUUCCAACCGUGAUGGUGUACAUGAUGCAUCUGAACUACCAAUUGCCAACAUCACUGUCACACUCUCUCAUUCAACAGAAAUGGGUACCAUGUCUACUUCAACUCAAACAGACUCAACUGGUCAUUACAUCUUUGAUGAAUUGUCACCAGGUGAUUAUUGUGUCCACUUUGAUAUUCCAGCCGACUCCAAGGCAUCUCCAACUGGUAAAGAUUCAGUUAUCGAUGCCACUGGUGACCACUGUUUCACUCUCAACAAGACCACUACCACUCCAUCCGUUCCAGCCGAUAAUGUCAAGGCAUUCUACAAGAACCUCAAAGAAGAUGCUGGCAUUAUGCCACCACAAUUCGCCGUUGGUGAUAAUGUUUGGAACGAUUUCAACCGUGAUGGUGUACAUGAUGGAUUUGAAGACCCAAUCGCCAAUAUUACAGUUACAUUGACUCAACCAGAUGGUACUCCAGUUACCUCAACCACCACCGACAAUGAUGGUCAUUACAUCUUUGACCAAUUACCACCAGGCAACUACUGUGUACAAGUCUCAAUUCCAUCAGACUUUACUGCAUCUCCAACUGGUCAAGACUCAUUAAUUGGCUCUACUGGUAAGCACUGUUUCACUCUCGACAAGUCUACCACCACUCCAUCCACCUCUGAUGAUGGUGUACAAGCAUUCUACAUGAAUCUUGAUGAAGAUGCUGGUUUAAUGCCACCACAAUUCGCUGUUGGUGAUACUGCGUGGAUCGAUACAAACCGUGAUGGUGUACAUGAUGCAUCAGAACUACCGCUUGCAAACAUCACCGUCAGACUCAUGAAAAUGCCGCAAGAACAAGUCGAUGAAGACAAUACUUCAUCAUUAUCAUCCGAAGAAAAUAAAUCCAAUCAUACAGUCUCUGGUGGUUCAACAGCUUCAUCUAAAUUCCCCAUCGUAGUCACCACCGACAAGGAUGGUCACUACCUCUUUGAUGAAUUAGAUCCUGGAUACUACUGUCUCCACUUUACCAUUCCAGCCGACUACAAGGCAUCCCCAAUGGGUAAAGACUCUGUAAUCGAUGCCACUGGUGACCAUUGUUUCUAUGUGAACAAGACCAAUACUGUCCCAUCAGUUCCAGCUGAUAAUGUCAAAGCAUUCUACAAGAAUCUUGACUUGGAUGCAGGUAUUAUGCCACCACAAUUCGCUGUUGGUAAUACUGUCUGGAAUGAUGUCAACCGUGAUGGUGUAAAGGAUCCAACUGAAGAACGUUUACCAAAUAUCCCAGUUACAUUGACCACUCCGGAAGGUACUCCAGUCAACACUACAACCACUGAUGAAAAGGGUAAUUAUGUGUUUGAUAAGUUACCACCCGGAAAUUAUUGUAUUCAAAUUGGUAUUCCAUCAGACUUUACUGCAUCUCCCGCUGGUAAAGACUCAAUGAUUGAUGAAACUGGCAAACAUUGUUUCACUCUCGACAAGACUACAACCACUCCAUCUACCUCUGCUGAUGGUGUUGAAGCAUUCUACAAGAACUUUAAUGAAAAUGCUGGAUUAAUGCCACCUCAAUUCGCUGUAGGUGACCAAGUUUGGGAUGAUUUCAACCGUGAUGGUGUACAUGACGCAUCAGAGCAACCAAUUUCCAAUCUCACAGUCACUCUCCACAAAGAAGUUGAUGGUAAAGAUGUAGUUGUAGGCACUGCUCAAACAGACAAGGAUGGUCACUACCUCUUUGACGAAUUGAACCCAGGUAAAUAUUGCGUACACUUUGAUAUUCCAUCCGAUUCAACAGCCUCUCCAACCGGUAAAGACUCAGUUAUCGAUCGUGAGGGUGACCAUUGUUUCGAUUUGAACAAGACCACUACCACCCCAUCAACACCAGCCGACAACGUCAAGGCUUACUACAAGAAUCUUGAUGAAGAUGCAGGUAUUAUGCCACCUCAAUUUGCCGUAGGUGAUACUGUCUGGAACGAUCUUAACCGUGAUGGUGUCAAUGACCCAACUGAACAACCAAUUGAAGGUAUCAAUGUUUCAUUAUCAACCAAAGAUGGAACUCCAGUCGCAUCUGCCACCACUGACAAGGAUGGCCAAUACAUCUUUGAUCAAUUACCACCAGGUGACUAUUGUAUCCAAGUUGGAAUUCCAACUGGAUUUGCAGCAUCUCCAAGUGGAUUCGACUCUGUUGUUGAUAGCACUGGUAAACACUGUUUCACUCUUGACAAGACUACCUCCUCACCAUCCACACCAGCUGACAAUGUAGAUGCAUUCUACAGUCACCUCACUGAAGAUGCUGGCUUAAUGCCAUCACAAUUUGCAGUAGGUAACUAUGUAUGGUUGGAUUAUAGUCGUGACGGUAUCCUUGGAUCAAAUGAAUCAUUCAUUCCAAAUACGCCAGUCUCUUUGACCAACUCUGACACCAACGCUGUCCUACAAACUACCACCGACGCCACUGGACACUAUGUCUUUGACCGUUUGCUCCCAGGCAAUUAUUGUAUCCAAGUCACUGUUCCAGUCGAUUACAAGGUCUCUCCAUCUGGAAAGGACUCUAUUGUCGAUGCUACAGGUAAGCACUGUUUCGUAUUGAAUCAAUCAACGAGCAGAUUAGCUGCACCAGAGGAUCAAGUCGAUUCAUUCUAUGUCAGAUUCCUGGAGAAUGCCGGUUUGAUGCCUCCACAAUUCGCUGUCGGCGAGUAUGUCUGGGAAGACUCUAACCGUGACGGUGUACAUGAUGCAUCUGAAAAGCCACUUGCCAACAUCCCAAUUACCCUCACUGGUCCAAUGGGACUCACCCGUUCCAUGAACACUGAUGACAAUGGUUAUUACACCUUUGAUGACCUUCCACCAGGCAACUACUCUAUCCACUUUGGUGUUCCAUCCGACUAUACCGCCUCUCCACUUGGAGAAGACUCUGUCAUCAGUCCCACUGGUGAUUACUCUUUCUUAUUGGACCAAACCACUGCCACCAAGGCUCCACCCAACCACGUCGAUGCAUUCUAUGAUCUCCAUGGUGUUGAUGCUGGUAUGAUGCCACCUCAAUUCGCAGUAGGUGACAUGGUAUGGGACGAUUUCAACCGUGAUGGUGUACAUGACGCAACUGAAUUACCAAUUGCCAACAUCACUGUUCAACUUUCGUUUGACACUCCAGACGGAACAGGACUAUUGUCUACCACCACCGACAAGGAUGGUCACUACCUCUUUGAUCAAUUAGAUGCAGGUGAUUAUUGUCUCCACUUUGGAAUCCCAGCCGACUCCAAGGCAUCACCAAUGGGUAAAGAUUCUGUAAUCGACUCUACUGGUGACCACUGUUUCACUCUCAACAAGACCACAACCACUCCAUCCGUUCCAGCCGACAAUGUCAAAGCUUUCUACAAGAAUCUUGACGAAGAUGCUGGUAUUAUGCCACCACAAUUCGCAGUUGGUGAUAAUGUAUGGAACGACGUCAACCGUGAUGGUGUACAUGAUCCAACUGAACUCCCACUUGCAAACAUCACUGUCACAUUGACUCAACCAGAUGGUACUCCAGUUACCUCAACUACCACCAACAAGGAUGGCCAUUACAUCUUUGAUCAAUUACCACCAGGCAACUACUGUGUACAAGUCUCAAUCCCAUCAGACUUUACUGCCUCUCCAUCUGGUCACGAUUCAUUGAUUGACUCUACUGGUAAACACUGUUUCACUUUGGACAAGACAACAACCACUCCAUCCACUUCAGCCGAUGGUGUCCAAGCAUUCUACAAGAACCUCAACGAGGAUGCUGGUCUAAUGCCACCACUAUUUGCAGUUGGUGAUCAAGUUUGGGACGAUUUCAACCGUGAUGGUGUACAUGAUGCAUCAGAACAACCACUUACCAAUAUUACCGUCACACUCACUCAUUCAACAGAAAUGGGUACCAUGUCUACUUCAACUCAAACAGACUCUACUGGUCAUUACAUCUUUGAUGAAUUGUCACCAGGUGAUUAUUGUGUCCACUUUGAUAUUCCAGCCGACUCCAAGGCAUCACCAAUGGGCAAGGACUCUGUUAUCGAUACCACUGGUGACCACUGUUUCACUCUCAACAAGACCACAACCACCCCAUCAGUCCCAGCCGACAAUGUCAAAGCAUUCUACAAGAAUCUUGACGAAGAUGCAGGUAUUAUGCCACCACAAUUCGCCGUUGGUGACAAUGUAUGGAACGAUUUCAACCGCAAUGGUGCUAAAGAUUCAACUGAAGCACCAAUGCCAAAUAUCACAGUCGUAUUGACCACUCCAGAUGGUACUCCAAUCAAAACUACCACAACCGAUUCAACUGGUCGCUAUGUGUUUGAAGAACUUCCACCAGGCAAUUAUUGUAUUCAAGUCUCAAUCCCAUCAGACUUUACUGCUUCACCCGCUGGUAAUGAUUCAAUGAUUGACUCUACCGGUAAACAUUGUUUCACUUUGGACAAGACAACAACCACUCCAUCUACCUCUGCUGAUGGUGUCCAAGCAUUCUACAAGAACUUCAAUGAAGAUGCUGGAUUAAUGCCACCACAAUUCGCAGUUGGUGAUUUCGUAUGGAAUGACUUUAACCGUGAUGGUGUACAUGAUGCAUCAGAACAGCCACUUGCAGGUGUCGUCGUUGAAUUAUCAUUCGACUCUCCAAGCUCAGUUGGAUUCCUUGUAGCUACCACCGACUCUACUGGUCAUUACAUCUUUGAUGAAUUGAAUCCAGGUAAAUACUGUUUACAAUUUACCAUUCCAGCUGACUCUAAGGCAUCUCCAACUGGUAAAGAUUCAGUUAUCGAUGCCACUGGUAAACACUGCUUCAAUCUUGACAAGACUACAACUACUCCAUCCACUCCAGCCGAUAACAUCAAAUCAUUCUACAAGAAUCUUGAUGAAGAUGCAGGUAUUAUGCCACCUCAAUUCGCUGUUGGUGAUAAUGUAUGGAGCGAUGUCAAUAGCGAUGGUAAACGUGAUCCAACAGAAGAACCAAUGAAGAACAUUACAGUUGCAUUGACCCAACCAGAUGGUACUCCAAUCUCAACAACCACCACCGAUUCAACUGGUCGUUAUGUAUUUGAUAACUUGAAUGCAGGAGACUACUGCGUACAUGUAACCAUUCCAAAGGGUUUCUCUGCCUCUCCAAUGGGAACAGACUCUUUCAUUGACAAUACUGGUAAACAUUGUUUCACUUUGGACAAGACCACAACCACUCCAUCCACCUCUACCGAUGGUGUUGAAGCAUACUACAAGAACUUUAAUGUAGAUGCUGGUUUGAUGCCACCCAAUUAUGCAGUUGGAAGAUACGUAUGGUUGGAUUUGAACAGAGAUGGCGUACAUGAUGCCACCUCUGAACCAUUCCUCUCUGGUAUUACAGUCAAGGCACUUUUAGAUGGAUCAGUCAUUGCAACUGCCACCACCGAUGCCAACGGUCACUACACGUUUGAUAAUUUAGAAAAGGGUGACUAUGUCCUCGAAUUCUCAAAGCCAAAUGAAAACUACACCUUCUCCCCACUUGGACAUGAUUCCAAGACAGAUGCAUCGGGCAAGAUUAACGUCAAGUUGGACAUUGAUACCAACCCAUCGGUACUUGUAGAAUCAGAGGCAUCAGACAAUGUCAUGGCCUACUAUAUUGACAGAAACGAGAAUGUCGGUAUCAUGCAACCACGCUAUCCAGUCGAAGUUCUAGUAUACUUCUUCCCCAACGAUACUGUCAUUCCAAACGUGCCAGUCACCAUUACCACGGAAAAUCCAAACGUUCCACCCAUCACAGUCACUCCAACCAACGAGACUGGUAAGGUCACCUUCACCGACCUUCCACCAGGCAACUAUUGCGUGCAUAUUGACCUCCCAUACGACACACACUACACCUCCAAGGAUCCAAACAGUCUGAUCAAACAAGAUGGUAAGGCAUACUGCUUCACCAUCAACGACACACUUGUCGAUCCUCCCAUCAAGGUGCCAGUAGCUGUUGUCGCCAAUCUCUAUGCAAUCGGGUCGAGUGUAUUCCUUGAUCUUGACGGAAAUGGUUAUCUCAACGCUCCAGGCGACAAGCAAUUUGCCAAUAUCACUGUCAAAUUGUCAACUAGCAGCGGUUCACCAGUCAAGGAAACUCAGACUGAUGCAUAUGGAACCUACCACUUUGAUGGAUUGGUAUCGGGCGACUAUGUUGUCCAAUUUGUUGCACCAACCGACUACACUUUCCCAGUCAAGACUGACCAAUCACUUCCAGUCUUCCACUCGGUCGAUGGAAAGGUUCCAGUUUCACUCAACCUUGCAUCAACCGUUGUUGUUGACUCGUUUGACGGCACUCUAAAUGCUGACUAUAUCAACCGUACUGUCAACUCUGGACUUUCUCCCAUCCUAUUCGCACUCGGUCGCAAGAUCUUUGUCGAUGCCAACAAUAAUGGUUUGAUGGACGCCACUGAAUCGUCUAUAGCCGUGCCACCCAUCAAAUUGACCCUUACCACAGCUGACGGCAAACCAGUCACAACCGUCCAACCUGCCAACGGCGACUAUUUAGUCAACAACUUGAGUUCAGGAAACUACUGUCUCCACUUGGACGUGCCAGUCAACUACAAUGUAUCGUCCAACAAGGGUACUACAUUCUUUAACCAAUUCGACGCUGCUGGAAACGUGUGCUUUACCCUAUCAAAGGCAUCACCCAAUGUAGUGUGCAGUGCAACCGAUGCUUUCUCAGACUGCAAAGAUUUGACUGAAAAUGCUGGUCUCGUACCAACCUAUGCCGUCUCUGGUAACGUCUGGAAGGACAUGAACAACGAUGAAGCUAGACAACCAGCCGACAUGGUCUUGCCAGGCCAGCCAUUGGCUCUGCUCGACAGUACCGGUGCACAAGUGGCAACGACCACAACCGACAGCCAGGGUAACUAUUUGUUCAACAAGUUGCCCGCCGGAAUCUAUACCCUCAAGUUUGUCGCACCCAACGACACUCUUAUCAUCACACCAUCGCCAGUCGACAGUGUAUUCCCCAAGACUGGUGUACUACCAAUCCAACUCUCUCCAACAACCACCUCGGUCAACCCCAAGUAUGAUGGACUUGAUCCCACUCAAACUCCAUUCAUUCUUCUCCACAAGGAUGUUGGUGUAUCUAACCCACUCUACGCCAUUGGUGAUAUGGUCUAUAUCGACAAGAAUCUCAAUGGAGUUUCAGAUGUAAACGAAACGGGUGUCGCAAACAUCAAGGUGACUCUAGUCACUGCAUCGAGCAACACCACCAUCGCAACUACGCUCACCGACUCGUCUGGACACUACCUCUUUGACUCAUUACCAACUGGAAACUAUUGUGUACAGUUUGAAUUGUCUCCUGAUCAAAUUCCAGUCAAUCCACUGUCCAAGCAAAUCUGUCGUGUUGUUGAUCCAACUCACACAGACAUGGUGUCAGUCUCAACCACCCCUCUUGUCGGCAAGAUCAGCGCUGCCUGGGUCAAUCUUAAUAUGGACCAAGGUAUCAGAGUGGCAAUCUACUGUAUCAGCUCGACUGUAUGGUCAGACAAUGGAAACGGUCUUGUUGACUCGAUCGACAUGACCAUGUCCAAUGUCACUGUUGAAUUGUUCAAGGACGGUGUUUUGUUGUUACGUACUCGUUCGACCGACCUCGGUCUCUACGUGUUUGACACCCUCGAACCUGGUAGCUACAUGCUCCACAUCUUUGCACCACCAGGUACACUCCUCUCCCCACAAACCUACCAAAACAAGUUCAACGCCACUGGAUACUACUACUUUAUCCUCGGAUACACAAAUGUAGACGCACACAUUGAUCCCAACGGAAAUGACACUGGCUGCGACAUGGUAAUCGACUCUUAUUCAGCCAUGGUCAGUCAGGCUGUCUAUGCACUUGGUAACUUUACCUUUAUCGACUACAAUGAGAAUGGUAUUCGUGAUCCAGACGAACCACCUCUUGGCGGUGUCAACAUCAAUGCCUUUGACGCCCGUCUCCCCGACAGCAUCGCCGUCUCGUACCAAUCUGAGAGCAAUGGUUUCUACGUGCUCGACAGUCUUCUCCGUGGCCAGUACUGUGUCAUCUUUGAAGGACCUGGUGCCUACAAGUUGACCAAGAAGGGUCCAGACAGCGUCCCCAACCCAGCCACCGGCUCGUACUGUCUCUACCUCAACAUCUCCACUCCCAACCUACGUCCAACCGUCAGAGAGGAUCGUAUGGAUGCCCAGUAUAUUUUGGAGCAUGUGGACGCUGGUUUUGUCCCCAUGAGCCUCGCUAUUGGUAGCUACGUCUGGUACGACUCGAAUGGUGAUGGUAUCAUCAACUUUACCGAGUUGCCUGCACCCAACACCACUGUCACUCUCACCAACUCCAAGGGUGAACCUGCCCGCACCAUCCGUGGUGUCAUUAUCCCACCAACCGUCACUGACGCACAAGGUUACUACAAGUUCUCUGAUGUCAUGGGCGGAAUGGACUAUACACUCAACUUUGGAAUCCCAACCACCGCACCAAAGGGCUCAGUCUGGACAGUCUUGGCCAACAACAACUCUGUCACUCCAAGUGGUGAAAUCAAGAUUUUGAACUCGUCCUACAUUCCAGUCAAGGGUAGUAUCAACUCUUACUCUAGUUUGUACAAUAAUGGUGGUAUAUUCCCGCCAUGCUUUGUAGUUGGUACACGUGCAUGGGCUGAUGGAAAUGCCAAUGGAUUCUUUGAUGUUAACGAGAUUGCCUAUGCCAAUGCCACCGUCACACUCUACAAUGAGGAUGGCACCCGAGCCAUGUCAGUCGACAAGACCAUUCUCCCACCUGGCACUACCUCGUCCAACGGUAACUACCGUAUCAUUGGUAUUCCACCAGGCCGUUACUAUGCAGUGUUGACCAUCCCACCUCGUUACAUUGUGUCCAACGUCCUACCAGGCGGCUCACAAUUUGACCCCAACACCAAGCGUACACCAGUCUUUACACUCGCCAUCGAUGCUGCUAGUAUCGUUCCAACCUACCAAAAUACUACUACAGUCUGCAAGUACAUGAACCCCACCAUCAACGCUGGUAUUAUCACUCCACGUAUUGCCAUUGGCGGUCAUAUCUACUAUGAGCCCAAUCCAGUCUCCAACGCCACUGUUCCAUUCCCCAAUGCAACCGUCGUCCUCACCACGCCAACAGGUAGUCUCCGUCUCGAGACCACUACCGACAGCAAGGGCUUCUACCUCUUUGAUGGACUUGCAGUCAGCCAAUACGCCGUCUCGCUCACCAUUCCACCCGGUUUCUUGAUCGAUGUCAACCACACACAGAACCGUGGUACUUCCAAGGGCCAGGUCGGUCCCAUCAACCUCUUUAUCGAUGCACCAGAGGUCGUCCCAACCAACUCGACCUCAUACACUGGUGUACUCGCACCAUACAUCAAUCCCAACAUUGAUAUGGUUCUCAAACAGAGUGUACUUGGUGUGCAAGGUAUUGUCUGGCGUGACCUAUUCAAUAACAAUGGAUUCUUUGUCGCCAAUUCGUCCAUGCCCGUCUUUGUCAAUGUCACUUUGUACUCUGGAAAGGGUGCCUAUGUCGCAUCUGUCUUGGCCGAUCCAGUAACCGGUCGCUACAGCUUCCCCAACCUCGGUGGCGGUAUGUACUCGGUAAUGUUCACUCCAACGAUCGAUCCAACCUCAUGGGUGUCUGUAAAGGUCAACUCGACCCUCGUCAACAACUCGACCAGACUACUUGCCAGCUCUAUACUGACCAACUUCUCGACGCCCAUCUUUACACUCGACUCGAUGAACCCCGAGCUCACCCCGUGUGUCUUUGCCGACUACUUCUGUCUCCAAGAGAAUGCCGGUUUCAAGCGUCCCGACAAUGGCUCGAUCAACGGUCGCGUAUUCAAGGACUUUAACUGCAAUGGCAAGUUUGACAAUGCCACCACCUUUUACGCAGCCAGGGAUCUCCCAUUGGCUGGCAUCCCAGUCUAUCUCUAUGUCAAUGACACUGCCACUCCUCUUGCAUCGACAUUGACCCUUCCAGAUGGUUCCUACCAAUUCCUUAACCUCACCUUUGGUAACAACUACCUCGUCAGCACUGGAACACCCAAUCUGGCCAUCUCGUCAGCACGUCAAGUACAAGCUUGUUCCGGAACCGAAUACAACACGGUCAUUAUCAAGACACCAUCGACCAUCAACUUUGGUUUCAUCACUGAUGAGGAGUAUUGUGUCGAUAAUCCCGACCUCACCACCUCUUGCUAUGUACUUGGAAGAGCUGUUGGCGGAACCUAUUCGACCAACCCUAUUGUCGUCUCAUUCCCCUACAAUGCCACCGCACACAGCCAGAUCAAACCAAACGCAAUCUACAAUCAAGUCGGUACCGUCCAUGGUCUUGCCUAUGACCGUAGCAAUGCCCAAAUCUACGCUUCCGCCUUCCUCAAGGUCAACACUGACUACGGACCGUCUGGAAGUGGUGCCAUCUACAAGAUUGACAAGAAAACCAAUGCAGUCUCUAAAUGGAUGUCUGUCAAUGACAUUUGGGGUGCCAUCUACGCAGGUGAAACACCAGCCGACGAUCCACAAGAAUUUGACUUUAGAACGUUUGCAGUCUACAAGACAUCGCUCUCUGAUAUCGACAUUGACCCAGAGAAGCGUCAACUUGGUGUCUGCGUGCUCAGCGUCGAUUUCCUCCACUUGAUCCCUCUCGACGUCAAACCAACCAGUCUCAACAGUCGUCGUGUGGCUAUUCCCAACAACUGUGCUGCCCGUACCGGUGAUAUGGUUCCAUUCGCCGUCACUUUCCAUCUUGGCAAGUGGUAUGUCGGAUGCACAUGUACCGCUGAAAUCACAUCGACCCUCAAGGAUCUCAUUGGUUAUGUCACUUCGUACAACCCCGCCACUUCCCUAUGGACCACUGUCCUUACCGUACCAUUCAACUAUACCCGUGGUUGUAGAAACACUGACCAAGGUCUAUCGUGUGUCGAAGCAACUUGGCAACCAUGGAUCACCGACGAAAACAUUCCUCAACCACUCCUAUCUGGUAUCGCAUUUGAUGGUAACGAUAUGGUCAUCUCGGUACGUGAUCGUGAGGGUGAUAUGGGCCAUACCAUCUCUGCACCCGAUAUUCUCAGAGCAUGUGCCAACGCACAAGGUGUACUCGUCCUCGAAAAGAACGGUCGUUGCGGUACACUUAUCGGCUCGCAUCUCGGCCCAUCUGGCACACAAGGCCAGGUCGAGGGUCCCGGUACUGGAGAAUUCUACAACGACAACUUUAAGAUUGGACCCAAUGCCCACGACGACACUGGUGGUCUCUCUGUCUACCAAGUGCCCGGUUACCCCAACGUCGUGUCCAACUCGUACGACGUCGAUGGACUCUGGGAAGGUGCCACCAAGUUCUACAACAACACCAAUGGUGCCAUGGGCCGUGGUUUCGUCCUCUACGUCACGCCCAUUGUCGAUCCCACCACUCAACCAACCUUUGGCAAGUCCAAUGGUCUCGGUGACAUUGUCGCCACCUGUCCUCCCAAGCAAAUCUCGCUCGGUAGUCGUGUCUGGACCGACACCAACCUGAAUGGUUAUGCCGAAGCCCAAGAACUCGGAAAGCCAAGUGUGACACUCCAGCUCAUCAACGCCGCUGGAACCGUUGUCCAAACCACCACAACCAAUGCACGUGGAUACUACCAAUUCGUCAAUGUCCCUCCCAAGGACACCUACUCUAUAGUUGCUGUCGGUCAAACAUGUACAGUUAUCCCACCCCCUACCACUGGUAGAUUCGUAUCUGCCUCUAACAAGGGUACCACCGUAGCAGCAAGUAAAUGUCAAAUCACCGGCAUUGUCAUCCCAGAUGCCAUGUUGGCAAAUAACGUAUUCAAUUAUGACUUUGGUGUAAUUUAA